UGUUUGUACAAGAAGGAUUUAGCCAUGGCCAUGAUACCAACAUCUGUCAGGAUGCUGCAGUGAUCUUCCAAACACACACAGAGCAACAGCACAGGAAUACUGUACAUUUCCAUUCUGGUAAAAGAGGGUAAAGACCUACCCAGAAUCAGGAUUUGUGGUAAGUUCAUGCAGAAUUGAAUGGUUACGAUGUUUUAUGGACAUGAAUAACUACUUUAUCUAAGGUUGUUGGUGUCUUACGACAAGAAAAGUUUGUUAUCCUAAUGUUUGUCAGUAAAAAGGGCUAUAUGUUUAUAUUUCAUAAUCUAGAAAAAUAUAUACUAUUUUUUAUAUAAAUCGUGCUAAUUUAUUGGAUGUAGUAGAUGUAUAUUUAUUCAAUGCAUAUCAUAUUAUGUUGAUACAUGUGUACAUGAUGAUAUACAGUACAUGAUGUAGACUUUGAAAAUAAUUUUUUAUCUAAAACAACUAAAACACUGUUUACAGUGUUUUAAAAAAUAAACACUGUACGCAGAGCAUUUCAGUCAGUGCAGCAGUUGGAGGUUUAUUUACAUUUUAGUCAUUUAGCAGACGCUCUUAUAAUUCAAUAGAGCAUGUGGUUAUUAUUCACAUAGUAAAUUAUUGCUCAACAAUUGCUUGCGAUUAUCAGUAUACUGUCUUGAACAUUGAGGUUGGAUAAUGUGAAAGUGCACACAGACAUGAAUACAUUUAGAUUAAAAUGUGAAUUAACGUUAAUCAGAUAGCCAGUCUGAAUAAAACAUUGUACAUUUAGCAUUCUGGUGUACUCAUGUUUGCCAAUUGAGGAGUCCAACAUUUCAAGCCAUUUAUUAUGGAUUGUCAGAGACAUUUUGCCAGGAGAAAAUGAAAAUCCAACUCAACAAAGAUUGAAAGUAUGUGAGUUGAUUAAUAAUUAUACAAUAAUAAAAAUAUAUAGAAACUAUAGAAAGUAGAACACACUAUACAACCUACUUUUGCCAUCACAAAUCAGUAAUCUUACAGUAGCAUGUCUAGUCAGUGACUCAGUUGUUGACGGUUAAUAAGCCAUCACUAAAGUAUGAAUUCAUAGUUUCAUAUAAUUAAUUUAAUAGUGGGUACAUUACUUUAUUAACAAUGUUUAAUGGCAUGGAUGUCACGAUCGUCAUUCAUAGAGGAGGACCAAGGCGCAGCGUUGAAUGCGAACAUUUUAUUUAUUAGAAUGAUCACACGAUCAAAACAACAAAACGAAACGUGACGUCCCUGGUUACAUAAACAAACCAACACGGAACAAGAAACCACAAAUAAUGAAUGCCUAACGGCUACCUAAGUAUGACUCCCAAUCAGAGACAACGAGCUACAGCCGUCUCUGAUUGGGAGCCACCCUGGCCAACAUAGAUAUACAACAACUAGAACAUAAACAAAUGAAAACUCACACCCUGGCUCAACAUACUAGAGUCCCCAGAGCCAGGGCGUGACAGUACCCCCCCCUAAAGGCGCGGACUCCGACCGCGCCAACCAAAUACAACAGGGGAGGGACCGGGUGGGCACUCCGCCUCGGCGGCGGAUCCGGCUCCGGACAUGACCCCCACUCCUUCUCUAACCCCCCAAAGUACCCCUGGUCCGGUCUGGCCCUGCUGACCAGAGCUGAACUGAACACUGGUGGAGCGGAUUGCUCUAGCUCCGGCGUGACGCAGCACCUGACCGGUGCCGGACCCGCCACCGGUGGAACAGGCACGGGCCGUGCCGGACUGACGACGCACACCACUGGCUUGGUGUGGGGAGCAGGAGCGGGCCGAGCCGGGCUGACGAAACACACCACUGACUUGGUGCGGGGAGCAGGAGCGGGCCGGACCGGGCUGACGAAGCGCACCACUGACUUGGUGCGGGGAGCAGGAACGGGCCGUGCCGGGCUGACGACGCGCACCACUGACUUGGUGCGGGGAGCAGGAACGGGCCGGACAGGGCUGACGAAACGCACCACUGACUUGGUGCGAGGAGCAGGAAUGGGCCGGACUGGGCUGGCGACGCGCACCACAGACUUGGUGCGGAGAGCAGGAACGGGCCGGACAGGGCUGACGAAACGCACCACUGACUUGGUGCGGGGAGCAGGAAUGGGCCGGGCCGAGCUGGCGAUGCGCACCAUAGACUUGGUGCGAGUGGCAGGAACAGGCCGGACCGUACUGGGAACACACACCACUGGCCCUACGUGGGGAUCAGGAACAGGCCGGACCGGACUGGCAACACAUGCCAGUACCUCUCGCCGUGCCUCUACAUCUUCCACCCCCUCUUCGACCAGUGGCCCCCGUAACCUGGCGGCCUCCUCUGCCAAUCCGCUGGGCCGCUCUGCCGCGGUCUCCUGCUGGCCCGUCGUCCACGGCGUUAGCCCCCCCCUAAAAAAAUUCUGGCCGUCUCCCCUACCCGUGGACCAGGUCUCCAUGUCCCUCGCCAGCCUUUCGCCCUUCUGCCACAAUGUCAAGCCCUUCUCUUCCUCACUCGGCUUGACCCAGUCGAGGAGGCGAAGGAGAUCUGUUAGGGAUCUCCCUGGCGAUGGCUCCUGGACACGCUGCUUGGUCACAUCUUGGUGGUUUCUUCUGUCACAAUCGUCAUUCAUAGAGGAGGACCAAGGCGCAGCGUUGAAUGCGAACAUUUUAUUUAUUAGAAUGAUCACACGAUCAAAACAACAAAACGAAACGUGACGUCCCUGGUUACAUAAACAAACCAACACGGAACAAGAAACCACAAAUAAUGAAUGCCUAACGGCUACCUAAGUAUGACUCCCAAUCAGAGACAACGAGCUACAGCCGUCUCUGAUUGGGAGCCACCCUGGCCAACAUAGAUAUACAACAACUAGAACAUAAACAAAUGAAAACUCACACCCUGGCUCAACAUACUAGAGUCCCCAGAGCCAGGGCGUGACAAUGGACCUCUAUCAAAACACUGCAGCAAGAAAGAAAAUGCUUAGCAUUCCUUUGUAAACAUCCCAUUACAUGGCUUCCGCAUGUGCUCCUUAAUGGGCUCAUCUUUUCAACAGCAUGAAUAUGAUUAUGUGAGACGGUGUGCACAUGUCCUGUUCAUUAUAUUUCCUUGUAGGAAUAGGCCUAAGCCUCUCAGUGAGCAGCGCUCUACUCACUUAUAUUCAAUUGGAAUGCAAAGCAUGAUCUGUGAAUGAUGUCAGUCAAAUAAACGACAGUAUCUGAAGUGUUACUUUUAAAUCUGAACUUUUGUUCAAAUUGUUGAACACGUUAUGUUAUCGAUGUUACAUCAAUAUGACAUCAUAUACUGUAACUUGGCUACUGCCAAUCCUGCUUGCACGAUAAUUGCAUAAACAUUAUGUAUAACUCAAUUAUUAUAGAGGGGCUCACCAAGACUAAAGUAGAACAUCUGAGAGAUAAAUGAUUGAACACCUUAAAACUGCUGACUAAAAGCGCUGGAGAGGGACACAUUUCUAGCAAUGCCUGGACAGUAUAUGUAGUUAAACCAAUAUUGGCCAUCAACAGGAUUUCAUGCUGAAUUGGGGACAAGUCAAUAUGCAAAAGGUUUAAACUGUUUAGUGCAGUAGGCUAUGUGUUUUAUUGGCAAGCACAAGAUGUACAAAAAGCCCUUUCUUUGUGCAUGUAACCUAAUGUAUUCCAAUGUGAAUCAUCCCAUCCCAGCCUGUUGAUAAUGUGUGUGUGUGUAGAUAUGUGAGUCAAACAAGAAGUUACCUCGCUGUUGUACACUCUUUUGUAUAUGCAUCAUAAACAGGUCAACCUGAAGGGUUAUUUUGCUGCCUAUCAUUUAGAAACUCGAACAAACUGUCCAUAGUUUUGUCUCACACACAUACAAUAACACCCAAUCCAUGAAGCUGUAUUGGAGCAAUGUCAGGAGUGACUGUCAGCUACAGUAUAAUGAGAAUCUUCUGGUGCCAGACUGCACAUCUGCACUCUUCACACUUUCAGAAAAAAAUAGGAAGUCUAGAUGAGAUGUAUUCAGAGGGAUUGGGUUAAAUGCGGAAGACACAUUUCAGUUAAAUGCAUUCAGUUGUACAACUGACUAGGUAUCCCCCUUUCCUCUCCCUUUCAAUGUUCACUUAGAUAAGGCCUGCCAUACUAUAUUAUUUGAUGUUUAUCUAUUGUUUAUCUAUUUAAUUUGCUCUGUUUUCCAUUGAUUUUUUAUUGGAUGUCUUGAAUGAUUUAUAAAAGUUAUCCUCUAAAUGUCUUGCCAUACACCUACAGUAUGUUAAUGUACUGUACAUCCAUCAUACAUGUAUUACAUCUAUAGUGAUGUCUUUACUUUAUAUCUCUCUUUAAUAAAAGAUCCUGUCUGAUGUAGAUAUCCUUUCAUGUUUCAUGCACAUGAGUAAUGGGGAAGACAGGCAGCAAAGUCCUGAGAGAGUUGUCUAUGGAUGGAGUUCAGCCUCAGCAGGUAACGGCUUAUACACAACACUACACACACACAUUCACACAUGCUUACACUGACACCGCAAAAAACACCCACACUACAUACGCCCACACACACACAACACACACACAAGCAUACUGAUGCCACACACACUCACACACGCACACACACACCCAUACACGCAUGCACACACGCACACACGCACGCACACACACACACAUACUUUCACACUCACCACAUACUCUACUGCUACUGUCUAUUAUCUAUCCUGUUGCCUAGUCACUUAACCCCUACCUACAGUAUAUGUACAUAGCUACCUCAAUUAUCUCAUACCCCUGCACAUCGACUAGGUACUGGUACUCCCUGUAUAUAGCCAUGUUAUUUUUACUUAUUAUUGUUAUUCAUUAUUCACUGUGUACUCAUGUCACUGUUAGUCUCACUGUUGUUUACGAAGCAUGUGACGAAUACCAUUUUAUUUUAUUUGACUUCCUUAGUGGGAGACUGCAGGUCAUGUGUGUGUGUGUGCGUUGGAGCUUAUCUGAUUCUGCGCCGCUUACUCACCACAACUCUUGACUCUGUCCAAAUGGGACAGCUGCGUGUUCCACAGCCAUCAGCUGGUUAUGCAACCAGGAUCAACUCCAGCUUACUUUAACAUGUUCUAUCUCUCUGUAGCAUCAUUAGUCCUACAGCGCAUUCGGAAAGUAUUCAGACCCCUUGAAUUUUUCCACAUUUUGUUCUGUUACAGCCUUAUUCUAAAAUGGAUUAAAUAGUUUCUUUUUCUCAUCAAUCUACACACAAUACCGCAUAAUGACAAAGCAAAAACAGGUUUUUAGACAUUUUUGCUAAUUUAUAAAACAAAAAAACUUAAAUAUCACAUUUACAUAACUAUUCAGACCCUUUACUCAGUACUUUGUUGAAGCACCUUUAGCAGCGAUGACAGCCUAGAGUCUUCUUGGGUAUGAUACUACAAGCUUGGCACACCUGUAUUUGGGGAGUUUCUCCCAUUCUUCUCUGCAGAUCCUCUCAAGCUCUGUCAGGUUGGAUGGGGAGCAUCACUACACAGCUAUAUUCAGGUCUCUCCAGAGAUGUUCAAUCGGGUUCAAGUCCGGGCUCUGGCUGGGCCACUCAAGGACAUUCAGAGACUUGUCCCGAAGCCACUCCUGUGUUGUCUUGGCUGUGUGCUUAGCGUUGUUGUCCUGUUGGAAGGUGAACCUUCACCCCAGUCUAAGGUCCUGAGUGCUCUGGAGCAGGUGUUCAUCAAGGAUCUCUCUGUACUUUGCUCCGUUAAUCUUUCCCUCAAUCCUGACUAGUCUCCCAGUCCCUGCCGCUGAAAAAGAUCCCCACAGCAUGAUGCUGCCACCACCAUGCUUCAUCGUAGGGAUGGUGCCAGGUUUCCUCCAGACGUGACGCUGGCAUUCAGGCCAAAGAGUUCCAUCUUGGUUUCAUCAGACCAGAGAAUCUUGUUUCUCAUGGUCUGAGAGUCCGUUAGGUGCCUUUUGGCAAACUCCAAGCACGUUGUCAUGUGCCUUUUACUGAGGAGUGGCUUCCGUCUGGCCACUCUACCAUAAAGGCUUGAUUGGUGGAGUGCUGCAAAGAUGGUUGUCCUUCUGGAAGGUUCUCCCAUCUCCACAGAUGAACUCUGGAGCUCUGUAAGGGUGACCAUCGGGUUCUUGGUCACCUCCCUAACCAAGGGCCUUCUCCCCCGAUUGCUCAGUUUGGCCAGCUCUAGGAAUAGUCUUGGUGGUUCCAAACUUCUUCCAUUUAAGAAUGAUGGAGGCCCCUGUGUUCUUGGGGACCUUCAAUGCUACAGAAAUGUUUUGGUACCCUUCCCCAGAUCUGUGCCUCGACACAAUCCUGUCUCGGAGCUCUACGGACAAUUCCUUCCACCUCAUGGCUUGGUUUUUGCUCUGACAUGCACUGUCAACUGUGGGUCUUUAUAUAGUGAGGUGUGUGCCUUUCCAAAUCAUGUCCAAUCAAUUGAAUUUACCACAGGUGGACUCUAAUCAAGUUGUAGAAACAUCUCAAGGAUGAUCAAUGGAAACAGGAUGCACCUGAGUUCAAUUUCAAGUCUCAUAGCAAAGGGUCUGAAUACUUAUGUAAAUAAUAUAUUUCUGUUUUGCUUUGUCAUUAUUGGGUAUUGUGUCUAGAUUGAUGAGGAAAAUUUUUUAUUUAAUCCAUUUUAGAAUAAGGCUGUAACGCAACAAAAUGUGGAAAAAGUGAAGGGGUCUGAAUACUUUCUGAAUGCACUGUAUGUAUAUCAGAAUACUUUACAGUUCACAGCCUUCCACAGCUAAUAAAACAGGCAUCAUCUAGCUGAAUGUAGAAACACAGAAUGAUUGACUUAAAAUGUGAUUAACCUUAAGUCCCCUCUAUGAAAGAGAUGGUAAUUGCUGAGUAAGACACGUUUUUUAUGUCGGUAUUAUAUAAAUUCUACCUAUUCCUAAACCUUGAGGAGUGCUUGAAAUCUUUGAUUUCUGCGUACUCUCUUAGGAAAGCUCAUUCCCUGUUUGAUCAAAUCAAAUCAAAACACAAUUAUAUAUUUAAUAAAAACAGCCAAUCCCUGUUUAAACAUUAAAGGAAAGAUUAAAAUAAUGAAAAUAAAUUGAAAUAGAUACAACCAGGUAAACAUGAAUUCCUAAUUGAUUACAAGCACAUUAAUUAUUUUAUUGAUUAUUGAGCUAAAUCUAAUGCAAACACAAACUCCAUUCAUCUUCUCCCUGUCUGCCCCCAGCAGGCUCAGGCCCACGAUUGGCACACUGACACCUGAUACAAUGACCUUAGGCCUGAGCCACAUGAAGAGAUCAAUUAUUCAAUUCAUGAAUCAUAGCCAUGGAACAUACACCCUAUGCAAAGUUGUACUUUAAAGGAUGCAGCCCAUGUGUACAGUGUGUGUGUUGCGUGACUGUUAGCUAUGGGAAAGAGAGAGAUAAUUGUGUUCCUUCCUAGGCUGUCUCAGUCAGUGUCCUCUGUUAACAUAUUAGUCCACUGGAGCGCUCUAACUUCGUCUGCCCAUGUGAUUUUCCUUGUCAACUCAUGUUUCCGCUAAAGGUGCCUCAUAAGGCCAACAUGCCCUCCUCCUGUAAGGGUUGAGUAGACGCCAUGUUUUUCAGCAGGGACUACUUGGUACGUCCCCAAAGUGGUGCAAACGGGACUGAAGUGAAUUGAUUCGUGGGGGAUUAGAGAUUAAGAUUUCCCCUCCCGCUCAGAUGGGUUUUAGUGGAGUAAAUCUGUGGAUUAUGAUGUCAGAGGCCAGUGGUUGUCGGAAAGGAAAUUGAAUUGUCAGAGAAGUGCUGAUGGCAAGGAUUAUGGAACGGCCAGUGAGGAGAUAUAGGAAUGGGAAGCCAUGUCUGUGCCAUACCCCUGUACAGUGAAACCUUCAGUGAAGAACAUCAACCACUAUUGGAAUUUGGGAGUUGUCUCUCCAUGAUGCUGAGUGGAUUGUUCAGAUGCUGAUUCAGUGAGAGAAAGAUAGUUUUAUUAUAUUGCCUGCCUUUUAAAGCAUCAAGUGGUAAGUAGUCUUGGUUGUGAUUGCUAUCUAAGUUAUGUAUGUAAAUCAGCAAGUUAGUUCACUAAUGUUAUGAAAGUACAUUUGUCACAUUAUCAAACCCUUAGUUUCUGCGGAUCUCUUAGCAUUGUAAAGGCCCAUCCCUAACCGUGUGUGUGUGUGUGUGUGUGUGUGUGUGUGUGUGUGUGUGUGUGUGUGUGUGUGUGUGUGUGUGUGUGUGUGUGUGUGUGUGUGUGUGUGUGUGUGUGUGUGUGUGUGUGUGUGUGUUUUAGCCUGCCCCGGCUGCUGCUAUAGAGGGGCUCACCAAGACCAAGAAGAUGAAGGUGAAGUGGACUCAGCUGGGCAUGGUGUUCUUCCUGUUGCUCUCUCUAGUCAUGACAGGAUGUUUCCUGUGGCAGUACCAGAUGCCAAAGUUACUGCCAGGUAAGGCUCACUCCCUGCAUUCAACCUUGUUCAAGAAAACAUAGAACCAAACUAAAAAUAAUGGCAGGACAUGAAGCAAUUCAUCAUAUUAUACAGUGAACAGCAUCGAUUCACUAAACAUAUCAGCCUGUCAAUCACUUGUGGCUUUGUUACAUUGUAUCUGAGGUAAAGGGGUUAAGAUUAAUCAGAGCUUAUAAUUAUACCAGUGGUUACAGUAGGCUACAAGUAGCUCCUGCUUCCCCUGCAUUAACAUUGACUCAUACAAUAGGAGAUUUUGUACACAAAGAAACCUGUAGAAAUCAAGGAGGAAGUCCAUUGUUUCAGGGAAAAAAAGUUCCAACACACAUGGUAGUUCUUGCUUCAGAAUGGAUUUAUUUGCCUGGGAGCCAUAUGAGGCUAACCACUGGGCAAAAACAGGAUGAAUCAACAUUGUAAUUUCAACCCCAAAAACCAGUGUGAUGACGUUGAAUCAAUGUGAAAAACUCAUAAUAAUUGCAAAAAGUCAUCAAUGUGAGGGCAUUUCGUCUUUUUUCACCUAACUUUUAACCUAAAUUCAAUGACAUGGUGACAUUUUUUGUUGAUUUCACAUUGAAUUCACAAUAGUUGACAUCUCAACCAAAUGCAAAUCAAAACUAGACGUUGAACUAACAUCUGUGCCCAGUGUCUGAGAUGCGAUUCUGAAAUCCAAUUAGCUGUUUUCUGUAGGUGGUGAAUAGAUUAGAAUGUUAAAGACAGACAGUGUUCAUAGGGAACCAACCUACUGUAGUGCUAAAGGUGUGAUGAGUUGCGUUCUUUAAUUGAAGUGAUGCUUCUUACACAUGUAUUCUUUCAGUAGCACACCAUGCCUGUAUGAUCUGGUACUGGAUCUGAACAUACUGUAAGCCUAUGGGCCUGUUUACUAUAGUAACUCUAUGAACUAUAAAGCUCUAAUCCUGUGUAGUUACUUAAAUGAAAGUCUCCUUUAACUGCUCAUUCAAAAUUCACAGUGCGUUCAGAAUUAAUCACCUUUAUGGCUGCAUGUGUUUGUGCAAAUUGGAUUCUUUGUGGUAGCCUACAAUGGACAGAUAAAGGAACUCAGAUGAUUAAUUAAGUCCUGUUCAUGCCAAUUAUGGCACAUUGUGUUCAUCUCCUUGUCAUGUCAUACAUAUUGUAUAUUAAUCCACCAAUAUCAGGUAUGAAUUUCAAUAAAUCCCCAAUUUCUCUCCCACUUAAUUUCGCCUUAUUCUGUCUCUCUGCCAGAUGAGGGCAUGGGAGGCAAUGCCAAAUCAGAACGGAUGUGCCCACGCUUCCCUGAGCCUCUCCCCCUCGAGCACCCUAUCCCUACUCUGAAAGAGGCACUGGAAAAGGUAAGAGCUCCCUUGGGCCAUUCACAGACUAUCCACAUUAUGCUCCUGUCCAACUAAGAACAGGGAACAUGUGUUAGUGAUGCUUGAUAACAAUUGCCUAGACAAUGGCCUAGACAUGAGGGGAUGAAUUACCAUGCAGAGAAAUAUAAUUGAUAAAGAAAGUGUCCUUUUGCAUGAAGCCUCUGGCAACAGAGGUGGACGUGACCAGUUCCUGGAUUGAUAUUAUUCAGACAGUGAAGGGCAUUUGACAAACAGAGAAUAGGGCAGUCCUAUCAGUCCCAGCACAUCUCAAUACAGAUGUAGGAUAUUAAUUUGAUCCCCCGGUUGCACUUUGACAUUUCAGACUUGAUUUUCCCUUAAAAACAAUGUUUCAAUCCCUACAAAAAUGUCCAUUAAUUAUAAUCCACAUAAUAAUUCACAUUUCCUGUUGCUACAGGGUUGAUUUCCUGCUGUAGCAAACUGGCUCAAAUUAAGAACCUACAUCUGUACAAGCAGCAGUAUGUUAUGGAUGAUUACAUUUCCAUGGGACAUUAACAAUGUCCUCAGAAUGAUAAAAACACAUUAGAACUCCUUGUAUCUUUUAUACAGAACAGAAGAUCACUGCAUACAGUAAGACGUUACUGCUUUGACCAUGUAAAAACAGAGUAUGUUCAGCAUCUGCCCAGCCUUGACAUUGAAUUAACCUCCAUCACAACAAGUCAAUAGGCAAUAUUUUUGUCCACAGAAUGCCUUCAAAUCUUUUAUACCCAACUUUUAAUUGUUUACUGAAACUACUGCAGAACAAUUAAUAUUAUUAGAUAUACAGUAAAUACUGAUAUUAUGUUCUCACUCAGGUGGACACACUGCUGCGCCAAAGCGUCAAUCCUACCAGUCUUCCCUCUUUGUCGGCCAUUGUGAUUUUCAACGACACAGUUCUGUGGACUGGUAACUUUGGCAAGAGGAACAGAAGUGACCCACUCUCAGCUCCGCCCAAUGAGUACACCAUAUACAGGUGAGCAGCAUAGAUUUCAGGGCUCCUUGGGCCCUAAAGGGUGAUGACAAAGACAGGUCUGUUUAUGACCCAAAUCACCACAUGUUUAAGACUCCUACUCCUACUCCUUUAAGUUUGAAGCUUGUGGUGUUGGCAUGAUGGUCAAUAAUGAUAAGCACCCUUAGCCCUUUCUUAUACAUUUCUCGAUUCAGGGACAUGCGUGUAGUUCCGUUGUCCGUGUACAGUGGGGAAAAUUUUUAUUUAGUCAGCCACCAAUUGUGCAAGUUCUCCCACUUAAAAAGAUGAGAGAGGCCUGUAAUUUUCAUCAUAGGUACACGUCAACUAUGACAGACAAAAUGAGAAAAAAAUAUCCAGAAAUUCACAUUGUAGGAUUUUUAAUGAAUUUAUUUGCAAAUUAUGGUGGAAAAUAAGUAUUUGGUCAAUAACAAAAGUUUCUCAAUACUUUGUUAUAUACCCUUUGUUGACAAUGACACAGGUCAAACGUUUUCUGUAAGUCUUCACAAGGUUUUCACACACUGUUGCUGGUAUUUUGGCCCAUUCCUCCAUGCAGAUCUCCUAUAGAGCAGUGAUGUUUUGGGGCUGUCGCUGGGCAACACAGACUUUCAACUCCCUCCAAAGAUUUUCUAUGGGGUUGAGAUCUGGAGACUGGCUAGGCCACUCCAGGACCUUGAAAUGCUUCUUACGAAGCCACUCCUUCGUUGCCCGGGCGGUGUGUUUGGGAUCAUUGUCAUGCUGAAAGACCCAGCCACGUUUAAUCUUCAAUGCCCUUGCUGAUGGAAGGAGGUUUUCACUCAAAAUCUCACGAUACAUGGCCCCAUUCAUUCUUUCCUUUACACGGAUCAGUCGUCCUGGUCCCUUUGCAGAAAAACAGCCCCAAAGCAUGAUGUUUCCACCCCCAUGCUUCACAGUAGGUAUGGUGUUCUUUGGAUGCAACUCAGCAUUCUUUGUCCUCCAAACACGACGAGUUGAGUUUUUACCAAAAAGUUAUAUUUUGGUUUCAUCUGACCAUAUGACAUUCUCCCAAUCCUCUUCUGGAUCAUCCAAAUGCACUCUAGCAAACUUCAGACGGGCCUGGACAUGUACUGGCUUAAGCAGGGGGACAUGUCUCGCACUGCAGGAUUUGAGUCCCUGGCGGCGUAGUGUGUUACUGAUGGUAGGCUUUGUGGGGAAAAAAUGACCAACAGAAGUCUGUAGAGUGAUCAUCCCAGAAUGAAAUGAGUGCUGUUAAAGUCAUGUGACUUUGUUUACUUGAACCAAAUGUGGUAGAUAACUCCUGAGUGGCGCAGUGGUCUAAGGCACUGCAUCACAGUGCUAACUGUGCCACUAGAGAUCCUGGUUCGAAUCCAGGCUCUGUCUCAGCCGGCCGCGACCGGGAGACUCAUGGGCGGCGCACAAUUGGCCCAGCGUCGUCUAGGGUAGGGGAGGGAAUGGCCGGCAGGGAUGUAGCUCAGUUGAUAGAGCAUGGCGUUUGCAACGCCAGGGUUGUGGGUUCGAUUCCCACGGGGGGCCAGUAUAAAAAAAAAAAAAAAAGUAAUCACUAACUGUAAGUCGCUCUGGAUAAGAGCGUCUGCUAAAUGACUAAAAUGUAAUAAAUAAUGCCGUUUUUUUCAGUCAUUUGUGUGGGGACUGUACAAGGAUGUGCAGGGAUUUUUAUGUAACUGCGCCAAUCAUUCUAUUCUCUUGCCAACAGAGAUUCUGUCAUAGCGUUUAUUGAUGAAACUCACCUACAAUCAGAGGGGAAGUGACAUUCAGGGGAAGUAACAUUGAGAGGAAUAGGCAAAUUAACAUUGAGAGGAAGAGGGAAAAUAACAUUUGGAGGAAGAGGGGAAAUAACAUUGGGAGGAAGAGGGGAAAUAACAUUGGGAGGAAGAGGGAAAUAACAUUGCUGUGUGUCAAGGUAUAGGUACAAUAUAGAUUCACUUUUGAUGCCAUGUCAAAUUUAUAUUAAUCAAUAAAUAUCUAUUUUACCAGAGGGACAUGGCCCAAGUCUGCAGCAAGGAGACAGUGAAACAAACAUGAGAACACAUACAUUAUUUAUUUUAUUGAAAUCUGUUUAUCUGGGUUCACAGUAGUAUUUGGACAAGUUGCAUCUUACUGUAUGUGAACAGGAUAAAGUGCUGAGGACUGGAAAAGAGUACUCACUUCUUUCGACGCCAAACCCACACACCAGUGGUGGGUUUGGCAAUGUAACACUUCAGCUCCACUAUGAGUGUCAUGUUGCUUUGCCAUCAGCGUUGUUUCAAUGUGUUUUGAGAGAGGAGCAGAGGGGAAGAGCAUCUUUAUUCUAUUUUCCCCUACUGUACUGUACCAUAUUCAUCAAUUGUGUGUAAGUACAAUAGCUUUGGUCCAGUUUUUCGCAAGUACUCAUGAAAUUGUUGCUAGUGGUUGUACUAAAUUAUCCUAAUUACACAAGUUGCUUUUGUUUACAUUGUGAACCUAGCUAGUCAAUGUAGCUAGCUAGCUAGUAGUAGUAGCUUCUUGACAUCAUAAAUCUUAGUAAAAUGUCCCAUGUAGCUCAGUUGGUAGAGCAUGGCAUUUGCAACACCAGGGUUGUUGGUUCGAUUCCCACGGGGGACCAGUAUGAAAAUGUAUGCACUCACUAACUGUAAGCGUCUACUAAAAUGUAAAAUAACCAGUGGUGUAUCAUUAUUUCAAUUCACAAGAUAGAAUGAACGUGCCUGCAUCAGCCAUCAAGAAUUGAACCUCGACGAUUCUUGAGCUUGGAUGUGACGCAACUCGGGCAGUGAAGCAGCUUUCAUUGACUUCAAAGGAAGCAUUUCCUCAACGGCUGAUGGCAAUGCCGGACACCCGAUGGCUAUAGUGUAGCUGGGCCGUUAGAAGAAUGUGAUGAGCAGAAAAGAACCCCAUACCUACUGUAAAAUAUGGUGCUGGAUCUUUGAUGUUAUGUGGCUAUUUUGCUUCCACUGGUCAUGGGGCCCUUGUUAAGGUGAACGGCAUCAUGAACUUUCCCAGUACCAGGACCUUUUAGCCCAAAACCUGGUAGCCUCUACCAGAAGGCAGAAACUUGGCAGCAAGACAAUAACCCCAAGCACAAAAAAAUUGUUAGAUUUUGCAAUGGCCAUCUCAGUCUCCGGACCUGAACCCCAUUGAAAACCUGUUGUUUGGGCAGUCCAUAAGCACAGAAGAAAGAAUUAAAAUAUUUUGAAAGUUUCUGUAUGGAGGAAUGGUCUAAAAUCCCUCCCAAUGUGUUCUCCAAUCUCAUAAAACAUUUUAGAAAAAGGCCCAGUGCCGUUAUCCUCGCAAGGGGAGGGUGCCGGAGUAUUGAAAACAGGGGUACCAAUAAUUUUGACCCCUAUCUUUUUGAGAAAAAAAAACAAAUACUUGUUAAGCUAGUUCUCUGAGUAAUUGUAUUCGUAUAAAAUAAUAUAAUUUUCCAAUUUAUAUACAUAUUUUAUAUAACAGUAUUUAUAUUACUUAAUUUAUACAGUAUUUUUUGCUAAUCUUAUCAAGGGUGCCAAUAAUUUCGGUCAUGACUGUAUCAUGAGGUGGCAGAGCCUCAUGAUACAGUCACUGAGGAUGAUAGCGGAUGAUAUUGCCACUCCUAUUUGCCAUCUCUUCAAUCUAAGCUUACAAAAAAGUGUGUGUCCUCAGGCCUGGAGGGAACCAAAAGUCAUUCCGCUACUCAAGAAUAGUAAAGCACCCUUUAAUGGCUCAAAUAGCCGACCAAUCAACCUGUUACCAACCCUUAGUAAACUUUCUGAAAAUUUUUUGUUUGACCAGAUACAAUGCUAUUUUACAGUAAAUAAGUUAACAACAGACUUUCAGCAUGCUUAUAGGGAAGGGCAUUCAACAUGCAUGGCACUUACACAAAUGACUGAUGAUUGGCUGAGAGAAAUUGAUAAUACAAAUAUUGUGGGAGCUGCUUUGUUAGACUUCAGUGCAGCUUUUGACAUUAUCGAUCAUAGUAUGCUGCUGGAAAAACGUAUAUGUUAUGGCUUUACACCCCAUUCUAUAUUGUGUAUUGAGAGUUACCUGCAUAACAGAACACAAAGGGUGUUCUUUAAUGGUAGCCUCUCCAACAUAAUCCAGGUAGAAUCAGGAAUUCCCCAGGGCAGCUGUCUAGGCCCCUUACUUUUUUCAAUCUUUAAUAAUGACCUGCUACUGGCUCUGAGUAAAGCCUGUGUGUCUAUGUAUGCGGAUGACUCAACACUAUACACGUCAGCUACUACAGUGAGUGAAAUCACUACAACACUUGACAAAGAGCUACAGUCAGUUUCAGAAUGAGUGGCAAGAAAUAAGUUAGUAAAAAUAUUUCAAAAACUAAAAGCAUUGUAUUUGGGACAAAUAAUUCACUAAACCCUAAACCUCAACUAAAUCUUGUAAUUAAUAAUGUGGUAAUUGAGCAAGUUGAAGACUAAACUGCUUGGGGUAACCCUGGAUUGUAAACUGUCAUGGUCAAAACAUAUUAAUGCAACAGUAGCUAAAAUGGCGAGAGGUCUGUCCAUAAUAAAGCACUGCUCUGCCUUCUUAACAACAAUAUCAACACCUGGACUACUGCCCAGUCGUGUGGUCAGGUGCCAAAAAUAGGUACUUAGGAAAAUUACAACUGUCCCAGAACAUGGCAGCAUGGCUGGCACUUAAAUGUACACGUAGAGCUAAAAUUAAUAAUAUGCAUUUCAGUCUCUCAUGGCUCAAAGUAGAGGAGAGAUUGACUUUUUGUAAGAAGUAUUGACAUGUUGAAUGCACCAAGCUGUCUGUUUAAACUACUAGCACACAGCUCGGACACCCAUGCAUACCCCACAAGACAUGCCACCAGAGGUCUCUUCACAGUCCUCAAGUCCAGAACAGACAAUGGGAGGCGUACAGUACUACAUAGAGCCAUGGCUACAUGGAAUUCUAUUCCACAUCAAGUAACUCACGCAAGCAGUGAAAUCAGAUUUUUAAAAACAGAUAAAAAUACACCUUAUGGAACAGCAAGGACUGUGAAGAGUCACACACACAGGUACAAACACACAAAUACAAACAUACAUAACAUACACACAUGUACAACCGGAUUGUUUAGAGUAGUGGCCGGAGGGCACACACUUAAUGUAUUGUGAAAUCUGUUGUAAAAUGUAUUUUAAUGUUUAAAUGUUUUAUUAUAAUGUAUAUUAUUGCCUUAAUUUUUGCUGGACCCCAGGAAUGGUGAUCCAUAAUACAAAAAUAUGACAAAUGUUUUACAUAUUAAUUCAUAUUUCUUAUUGCUUGCGUCCUCUAUUCACAAAUCAAAGGUAAGAAGUCUGCUUCCUGACCAACUCCUGUGAUUUAGGGGGUGUACACUUUAAAAAUCUAUGGAGGGUUGGAGGUGUUGCUAUCGAAUACAAAUAAGAGUGAAGGCUACACUUACGGCCCUGCUACACUACAGCUAUCGGGCAUCUGGCGUUGCCGUCAGACAUCAGCCGUUGAGGGAAUGCUUCAUUUGAAAUCAUUGAAAGCUGCUAUACUGCCCAUGUUGCGCUCGCGUUGCGUCACGUCCAAAGGCAGUGUCCAAGCUCAAGAAUCGCAGAGGUUACAUUUUUUACGGCUGACGAGCGCAUUCAUUCUAUCUUGUGAAUUGAAAUAAAGAGAAAUAACAUUUAUUUUGGUUGCAUAUGCCCUCCACUAGACACCGCUGGCUAUUUUACUAAGAUAUAUGAAGUCAAGAAGCUACUAGCUAGCAGAAACUCUAGCUAGCUGCAUUGACUAUGUUCACAAUGUAAACAAAAGCAACGUGUAAUUAGAGGAUCAUUUAGGACAACCACUAGCAACAAUUUAAGAGUACUUGCGAAACACUGGACCAAAGCUAUUGUACUUACAUACAAUUGAUUAAUAUGGUACAGUACAGCAGGAAAAAUAGAACAAAGAUGCUCUUCCCCUCUUCUCCUCCUCUCUCAAAACAACACACUCUGUGUAGCAGGUAGAACAUCACAUUGACAAGAUGCUGCAGGCAAAGCAAUGCAACGCUUAUAGUGGACUUGAAGUGUCAUGUGAACACUGCUGUAAUUUUUCUGAAUUGUGGUAUGUUGUGAGCUGAAAUUGGCUUGAAAAUGUGCUGCCAGGAUUCAAUCAGAAGAGUGUUGUUGACAAGCCCAUUGCACAAUCGACAAUUCAAAGGCAAUUUACUGGUGUUUGUGGAGAUCAUAUUCACAGUAAACUGUGUGUACAGUGCCUUGCAAAAGUAUUCAUCCCCCUUGGCGUUUUUCCUAUUUUGUUGCAUUACAACCUGUAAUUUAAAUUGAUUUUUAUUUGGAUUUCAUGUAAUGGACAUACACAAAAUAGUCCAAAUUGGUGAAGUGGAAUUAAAAUUAACUUGUUUCAAAAAAUUAUAAAAAACUAAUAAUGGAAAAGUGGUGCGUGCAUAUGUAUUCACCCCCUUUGCUAUGAAGCCCCUAAAUAAGAUCUGGUGCAACCAAUUACCUUCAGAAGUCACAUCAUUAGUUAAAUAAAGUCCACCUGUGUGCAAUCUAAGUGUCACAUGAUCUGUCACAUGAUCUCAGUAUAUAUACACCUGUUCUGAAAGGCCCCAGAGUCUGCAACACCACUAAGCAAGGGGCACCACCAAGCAAGCGGCACCAUGAAGACCAAGGAGCUCUCCAAACAGGUCAGGGACAAAGUUGUGGAGAAGUACAGAUCAGGGUUAUAAAAAAAUAUCCGAAACUUUGAACAUCCCACAGAGCAUCAUUAAAUCCAUUAUAAAAAAAUUGAAAGAAAUGGCACCACAACAAACCUGCCAAGAGAGGGCCGCCCACCAAAACUCACGGACCAGGCAAGGAGGGCAUUAAUCAGAGAGGCAACAAAGAGAGCAAAGAUAACCCUGAAGGAGCUGCAAAGCUCCACAGCAGAGAUUGGAGUAUCUGUCCAUAGGACCACUUUAAGCCGUACACUCCUCAGAGCUGGGCUUUACGAAAGAGUGGCCAGAAAAAAGCCAUUGCUUAAACAAACAAAAGGCAUGUGGGAGACUCCCCAAACAUAUGGAAGAAGGUACUCUGGUCAGAUGAGACUAAAAUUGAGCUUUUUGGCCAUCAAGGGAAACGCUAUGUCUGGCGCAAACCCAACACCUCUCAUCACCCCGAGAACACCAUCCAUGUUUUUCAUCGGCAGGGACUGGGAAACUGGUCAGUCUUGAAGGAAUGAUGGCGCUAAAUACAGGGAAAUUCUUGAGGGAAACCUGUUUCAGUCUUCCAGAGAUUUGAGACUGGGACUGAGGUUAAUCUUCCAGCAGGACAAUGACCCUAAGCAUACUGCUAAAGCAACACUUGAGUGGUUUAAGGAGAAACAUUUAAAUGUCUUGGAAUGGCCUAGUCAAAGCCCAGACCUCAAUCCAAUUGAGAAUCUGUGGUAUGACUUAAAGAUUGCUGUACACCAGCGUAACCCAUCCAACUUGAAGGAGCUGGAGCAGUUUUGCCUUGAAGAAUGGGCAAAAAUCCCAGUGGCUAGAUGUGCCAAUCUUAUAGAGACAUACCCCAAGAGACUUGCAGCUGUAAUUGCUGCAAAAGGUGGCUCUACAAAGUAUUGACUUUGGGGGGGUGAAUAGUUAUGCACGCUCAAGUUUUUUUUUUUUUUUUUUACUUAUUUCAUGUUUGUUUCACACACAAAAUUUUUUUUGCAUCUUCAGAGUGGUAGGCAUGUUGUGUAAAUGAAAUGAUACAACCCCCCCCAAAAAAUAUAUUUUAAUUCCAGGUUGUAAGGCAACAAAAUAGGAAAAAAUGCCAAGGGGGGUGAAUACUUUCGCAAGCCACUGUAUUUCGGUUCAAGUGUAAAUUAUUGUCGGCAAUGCGCCUUUAUUGAAUACUGACCUAUGUCUUUAACUAUGUAUGGGCUAUUCAGUCAUUAUGUUUUCAUCCGUCUUGAGUGUUGUCAGCAUAGCCCUUAAAUAGAUAUAUAGCAUGAUGUUGUAAUUUCAAACUCCAAACCCCUCAAUGUCUGGGGUGUGAGGCAGAAAUAUAUGGGGUAUGAGGCAGAGAAAACAUUGUGAGGUCAAAAGCCUGAGUGUAGAAAGGUUUGGAGAGUGCAUGUGAAAAUGAAAGGAUGUUAGAGUAAGUUCAUCCUCUGAAAGGAAGAAUAGUACUCUAUUCAUUUGUGCAUGCUUGUCUUAAUGUUUGUUGUAAUUUUUUUUUUUUGAGUUCUUUGCAGGAAUCAGGGGGAUACAGUGGUAGUCAAUUCCUGUUUGAUUCGUGCCCUACAGGAUUGCCAGCCUUUCCAAGAUCUUCCCAACGCUUAUGCUGUACAGGCUGUGGGACGAUGGGAAGAUUACCUCUCUGGAUGACCCUCUGGAGAAAUAUGUGGAUAACUUCACCAUUAAAAACCCUCUGGGCAAGUCACGGGACUCUGAGCUCAAGUACGUGACAGAUGGCCUGAUCUUCCUAGAUAGUGGAGAGGUUCAGAUCCGCUCCUCCUCUGUCACUCUGCGCAGGAUGGCCAGCCAGCUCUCAGGUAAGAUACAAACCUCAUACCCCGCCCCUCCCACCUGGGAUUGGACCUCAGGUCAUGCCGACCCAUUAAACAACUAUCAGGGGGAACCAGUUAUGUGCCGAAUGUACUCAGCUACAAUGUUGAACAGUGUCAUGUUAUUAUGAGCAAAAUAGCCAUUUUAAUGUGAUGUUUAUGAUCCUAUUUAUUGAUUAAAUUAAAAUGCCACCAUACCCCAAACUCUAGUCAGAGCCACCUCUAAGCAGGUUGCUGAAUUGCCUUCUGAAGUGGUAAACACUUCUGAUGUAACAGAAACUGUUUAGAUUAUCACUGCAUCUAUUAUUAGCAUCCAAACCUGUUACUUCAAUAUGGCACCCUACAAUACCUUGCUUUCAAACAGGUUUGAUUUGAUUAUGUCUAUAUGAGGAUCACAUUUUGAUCAUUGAGGCAUGAAGGUUGAACUCAAUUCAUUCAUUGAGAGUAUUUCAUGUUUCAGAUCAGACAUUGACACUGAUUUCUGAGCUGUACAUUAAAUUAAAUGAUCAGAGACACUCAAAACAGAUAUGUUAGAAUAACAGUUGAGGACCCUGUUUCGGUUAAAAUUAAUUGCAAUUGGCUUGAGCUUCAUUUGUCAUACUAGCUAAAUUAAUGCAUUUUCUUUUCUUUAGACAUAAACACUAAAGAUGUUGUGUUUUGUCAACUGCAGGUCUACCCAGAAGACUAAGAGCCACUAACCUGCUGUGGAAGGGGAAAACACAGGCUGCAGUGAAUCUGCUGCAAGACGAUAUCCUCGUUGCAGACCCUGGCACCAAGUAAGACCUUAGUCAUUCCCAUCAUUCCCAUCAUUAUAAUCAUUCAAAUGUUCUGUGUGUCCUUGUGCCAUUUAAAAUUCAGUCAAUAUUUGCUAUGUGUAAUAUAAUGGAACCUAUUUGCUACACUUAUUUGGAUGUAAAUAGAUGGCUCAGAUGUUUAAUUCCGUCACCCCUGUGGGCUGUAUUGGCCCUUCAGUCUGCUCUAUCAGAAUGACUUCCCACUCUGCUGCUCUGUGUUUUGCAGAUGCCACUACAGUAACCUAGCCUUCUCCUUACUGGCCCACGUCAUGGCUGAGAAGGUGGUGGGCCUGGACUACCAGCACUGGAUCAAUGAUAACAUCCUGGACCGGCUGGGGAUGGAGGACACAGGCUUCGACAUCACCCCAGGGAUCCAAAGCCAGAUGGCUGUGGGCGUCUACUCCAGUGGCCAGCCAGCCCCUCUGUAUGACCUGGGCUGGUACCGCCCCUCAGGCCAGAUGUUCUCCACUGCCGCUGACCUUGCCAAGCUGGCCAUGAUGCUGCUGGGGGCCUACCACCGCAAGCUCCUGGAGCCCGACACCCUGAAGAUCAUGCUGACCCCUCUGUUCCGCUGUGAUAAGGACUACUUUGCCAACCGCACCGGCACUCCUUGGGAGGUGAACGAGCAGCUGGGCUACGAGGUGCUGCGUAAAGACGGAGACCUGGAUGGCUACUCAGCCACCUUCUCACUGGUACCCAGGCUCAAGCUGGGCCUAGUGGUGCUGAUGGCUGGCACCAGACCUCAGAAGCAGGAGGUGGUGGCCAAGGCAUACAGCCACAUCAUACCCGCCAUGGAGAGGGUGUUCCGGGAGGCCAAAAAGAUCCUCAUCCCUCCCCCUAAUCCAGACCCAUACAUAGGCUUCUUCACUUAUGGAAACAUCACCUUCUAUGAGAUCAAAGCUGGGGCAGACGGUGUUCUGAUCAUGCAGCAGUUUGGUCCCCAGAUUGAGGACCUGAUCCCAGAGAGAUAUCGGACAAUCAAGCUGAACUACCUGGUGGACAGGGUGUUCAGGGUGGUGUUUGAGAAGGAGUACCCCUGUGUUUUGCGGGUAAGCACCGCCUCGGUCUCCCUCGAGGCCCAAGACGGGCAACUCUUUAACUUUUAUGUGUUUGACAAGCGUGGUCUGUCCCCUGGCUUCGAUGCACCAGGACUGAAUACAUACAAUGUGAUCCGGAUAGCCCGUAGGCCGACUUUCUCGAACUAACUGAACUCAUACAACAGAAAGGCACAUGUACAUGCUGGAUGAAGGUCCUUUUUGGGUCUGUAGCCUAUAUGUAAUAGGGAUAAUCUGAAUUGAAAGAAAACAUUGCUGGCGGACAGUGAGUAGACAGUACCAUGAUGAAUUGCAAAAGAAGGUACACAGACAGAAAAAAAUAGUUUAAUUUAUCCAUUGAUGUUAACUCUUGUACAGAACGUUUUUGAUUUCUGUGUCAAAUAAUGGCAUUGUAAAUAUUAAUCCUUUUUAUACAGUUGCUAACCUGACCUUAAACAUACACUACAUUACCAAAGGUAUGUGGACACCUGCUCGUCGAAGUUCUCAUUCCAAAAGCAUGGGCAUUAAUAUGGAGUUGGU